CCUGUUCCUCACUUCCCUCAUCUUCCUCAACUCUCUGCACCUCUCCCUUCGUUACGCCUCGCCUCCAAUCGAACCUCGAUAUCAACCAAGCUCCUUCGCACGCCGGGCAUCAAAAUCCUGCAACUGCGACAAGCCCACCGCGACGCCUCAUCCCCGCGACCUGUCACAUUAGGCCAUCGCUGCCCCGGACCAACAGGCUCGACUUCUGGCCAGAGCCAUCGCGAAGCGCCCGCCCACGCGCCCUCCCGCUCGCCACGCUCCCAGAACAGGGCAGGCACCGCCUGCUGUGCACAUCAACGACGCCCCGCCGUCAGCCACAAUAUUUGCAAAGACAACCUCGCCGACGUCUCGUCGCGCGCAACGAAGUUUGUCCCCUCUGGCGUCUCGCGGCCCCUGGCCGUAUCUACAUAUAUGAUCGUGACGCUGUGGUAGCAACGUCGCUGCUUGUAUCGCAGCGCCGACGCCAGCGAAUGUUGCAACGAGAACGACGCCAGACGAGCACAUGUCCCCGCGGCCUGACGAUGACCCCUCCUCACACGAUACCACACGCCCGAGCGGCCUCGCCAACGUCUUCCGCAACCUGACAAGCUCUAAAGCAUCCCACAAGUCCCCGCCUCCCCUGUCCUUGCCCGUCACUGUUCUGCCGCGGGCCGACCUCGUCCAUGCCACCUCGACCAGCUUCCGGGAGCUCUCAUCCAACCACAUGGACGCAUUCGAGCUCCUCAAGAGCGGCUCCGCGAGCGAGCGCAUAUCUGCCGCCAACACCCUCAAGUAUGCCAUCACCGAGUACCCUGUCAACCCCGUGCUGGACAUUUGGUACGCCGGCAAGGACCUCAUCGAUGCCGGCAAUCAUUCGCCAACGCGCCUGGCGGGGUGGGAGCUACUGACCGAGUGCGCGAAGCACCCCUCAUCGACGGACUUGGAGCGCAAAGAGUAUUUUCAGACCCUGUCUGCACCGGCGCACCCCGAGGAUUUCCACCUGCAGCUCGCCGCUCUCGUGGAUCUGACGAAGCACGGGCGCCUGAUCACGGGAUUCGACUACGAUCUUAUCCCUCUGCUCACGACCUGGCUGUACGAAGCAUAUCAGUCUGCAAGGAGAGCCCGGAAGAACGCGCAGGCGACUAGAGGUCAGCGAAGCUCUUCCCGGGGCAGGGUGGCGGCAUCGGGCGAGGAGAAGAACUUGGCCCAGAUCUUCCAGUUUCUCCUCGACGUCAUCAAGUUCAGUUUCAACAACGCAAACGAGGCCUCCGUCGUCGGGCUCAUCGACCGCCUCCUACUCAUUUGCAUGAACACGAGCGUCGAGGAUGACUUGAGGUCCUGCAUUGGCGUAAUUGACGCUAUUGUGACUUUUGGAUCCAUUCCCCAGGAGAAGCUCAGGGAGUGUGUCCAGGUUCUUUCUUCCAUUUUCUGCCUCGUGCCGACGAUGCAGAAACCAUCCUGGCACACCAUCGCCAAUCUCUGCAAGUCUCAUAACGGUCAGGCAACUGUACGCAUUCUGCUUGACAUCCUGCGCAACCUCCCGUCGGAAGGAGCCAAGGACAGGGACACAAGCAGCAGGGAGGUCAGAUCUGCCCUUGCCGUGCUUCAGAAGCUGCUCUCCAAGACAACAGAGAAGGGCUACCCCACCGUGCCGUACGCUCUCCUUGUGGAUGGCCUGUCCAACGCUUUGCGGGCAACGUCGUCCGUGAAGGUGUACUAUUCUCUACUCCAGCUGAUCAAUGCGUUGUUUGACGACGGGCAAGGACAGACACACCGUCUGAUUGUGGAUGAGGACUGGUCGAUCUGCCUGGACGUUGCUGCCGAAUGCUGCCGCAGAGUUCACACAGACUUUGACCGGCGGCGCAGUAGCCAAACCAAGGAAGAGCAGCCGGAGAAUGGCGUGGACCGUGAGCUGCUAACGUUGGUUAGUCGCCUGGACGCUAUCUUCAACCAGAAGGCUGGAGACUUUGUCCCUCGGGAAACCAUCAUCAAAUUCUUCACCGAGGUCCACACUAUUCUUCCUGACGCGACGGCUAGGACAGUUCUGGACUACUUUCAGAAGUUCAGAUGCUGCUCUCCGUCCGACCUACGUUGGGAGGAGAAUCUUAGCCUGGUCCUGGAUGCAUUUUUCGGCGACCGAAAGCGGAGCUCCGAGACGCGCCUCCAGGCUUUGCAAACUACCAUGAAUGCGUACGAAAUCGUCGAUCUCGUAGGGGACGGAGCCGAGCAGAAUCUGAUUCCGCGGUUGGCCAAGAGCAUCCUGCAAAAUGUUGUCGAGGAGACAGACGUGCUGGUGCUCGAGGCCGUCAUGUCGCUCAUGGUGUCGGUCGUCGUUUCCUGUGACAUGGAGCUCUUUGACUACAUCAUCGACACCCUCCGCGGCAUUGUUGUCAACGAUCGGUUAAAAUCCCCCAUUGCAUCCCCAACUACGCCUGCGACUCUCUCGCCGUCCAGCCCCGAAGCGCCAGGCUCUUCCCUGGAACAGUCUCCGUCCAAUGUCGUUACCAGAGGCUAUGUCAAGAUGUUCCUCCGCGUCAUGAACUCGCACGGAGACAAGAGUGUCCGCCUGUUCAAUUCGCUUGUCUCAAUUGUCAAACCGAACCACUGCGAAGUCGACGCACGACUCACCGCCAUGAAGCUCCUGUUUCGCCUGCGCGCCGAUUGGGCCAACCGGAUCUUCGUCACGGACGAUCUCGAGAACAACUUCCUCGCGACAGCAAUGUGCCGGACUGAUGCCUCAUAUGCUAAGAAGCAAGCGGAGGAGGCAGCCCAGUCGUUGCGCUUAUCGAGGAGCGACCACGGGACGCAGUCACGCUCCUCAAGGGGCGUUUCCUUCGGGCAGGGGACGGCCGACAGAGGCCUGCCGGUUCGAACUCCAAGCAGCGCAAAGAAUGCCCGCCAGAGAUAUCGCCAGUUGUGGAGCCAUCCGGACGCGGACGCACUGCCGGAUCCGAUACCAAAGUUGAUCAGCCCUGUUCUCGUCUCCCAAGAGGUCAACGCGGAACCGGCAGCCGAUGGCGACGGGUCCACCAGCGGCAGUGACGAAUUGCGCACGGUGGCCCUCAAUAUGUCGGCGUGGCUUGAGGCUGUCUUGUGCAUUCUCCAAGGAAGCGAGUGGGAGGUCUACAGCUUUGUCCUCGUCCAUUUGCCUUCGCAGCUGAGCAACCAUGCCAUUUUUAGGAACGCGAUCCCGCAAAUUCAGGAGCUUCGUCGUCUCGUCUGCGAGCAGAUCCGCACCAACGGCUUCCCAGAGGCGCCGCUGGCAUCGGGACUGCGUCGUGCUGAUAUCGCAAUCUGCCUUUUCCACAGCCUGACAAUGAUACUGAGCUACCACGAGCACUUCCCAAAGACGGACGAGGACGAGAUUGUCAGGACCUUUGUGCUCGGCAUCGCCAGUUGGGAGCGGACGGCGAAAUACUGCAUCCACGCGCUGUCAAUAUGCUGCCACGAGCUUCCGUUGUCCACUAGCAAGUCCUUGAUUCAGAUGCUGAACCAGAUGGCGGCAAUCAUCACGCAGCCGCACGUGUCGGUGCACAUUCUAGAAUUUCUCGCCUCUCUAAGCCGCCUACACGAUGUUUAUGUCAACUUUAGGGAAGAUGACUACAGGAUUGUUUUCGGCAUCUGCUUCCGCUACCUCGAGUAUGCCAGGGACAAGAGGCAGUCGCAUCGCGGCAGCCACGGUAGUGAAGUCUCGACGCCACUGACCCCGAGCUCGAACCCUGCGGAGCUCAUCCCGGCGAACGCGUCGGAUGACCUUCCGCAAUAUGUACACGCACUGGCCUAUCAUGUCAUUCUGUUCUGGUUCCUCGCUCUGAAGAUUCAAGACCGCGCACGCCAUGUCGGCUGGAUUGUCAAGAAGCUCUUUGCGGACGGCGAUGGCACUGGGCAGACGGCGGAUGAGCAGACGCUGACGUCCAUUGACUUUAUGCAAAGAGUGGCGUAUGCCGACGUGGACGAGUCUGCAGAGGACCCCUACUUUACCGAGGACCGCUUCGGGCCGAUAGUCAAGAAGCAGUGGCUCGUCGGCAACAGCAUCAUCACGAUUAAGCAGGCCACGUUGUCCGGAUGGGCGCAGAUCGUCAAGAGGCAGCCGUCUGGGACGUCGGCGUACGUUGUUCGAGAGACGUUCACUCCUCCGCCGGCGCAUCAGACAGAAGGGUACGUUGACAUCAGCAGGGAAGGCCAGGCGACGAGCAACACCGUCUUGCCAAGCCACUUGCUCGUCCAGCUCAUGUCCCCGGUGCCGCAGACGUACGAGUCAGCGCGACCCAUCCCUCUCCCGGAAGACGAGGCCACGGAUAGAGCCAUCCGUGUCUUUGAUCGAAGUUCGAGCCUGGACGGACACAAGGUCGGUGUCGUGUACGUUGGCGAGGGGCAGACGGACGAAGCGGAUAUUCUGGCCAAUGUGUCUGGCAGCAGCGACUACCUCGAGUUUCUGAACAACCUGGGCACGCUCACGAAGCUCAAGGGAGCAACGUUCAACACCCAGGGCUUGGAUCGCGAGUACGACUCGGACGGCCAGUAUACGUUUUGUUGGCGAGAUAGGGUGACGGAGAUUGUCUUCCACGUGACGACGCAGAUGCCGACGGACCUGGAGCGAGACGCCAACUGCACGCUCAAGAAGAGGCACAUUGGAAACGACUUUGUCAACAUCAUCUUCAACGACUCGGGGCUGCCCUUUAAAUUUGACACGUUCCCAAGCCAGUUCAAUUUCGUCAACAUCGUCAUAACGCCGGCAUCGCGCGCGUCAUUCAUCGCGGCACGCGAAGCCGAGUCGGAGAGGGCGCUGAGCCACAGGCAGCCGUUUUACAGGGUGCAGGUGAUGAGCAAGCCCGGCUUUCCCGAAGUGUCACCGGCAUCGGAGACGAAGAUGAUUUCACUGAAGGCGCUUCCGGGAUUCGUACGGCUACUGGCGCUCAACGCAUCCAUGUUCUCGGUGGUAUGGCAUAACCGGGAGGGAGGCGAGCACAUCAGCUCGUGGAGUGGUCGGCUCCGGGAGAUCCGGCGCUUGCGCGAGAAGCACGGGCCGAAGCCCGCGGGCACGAUGGCGUCGCCGCCCCCAACGGCUCUCGGCGGAGGUGCACCACAGGCGGCCCAGGCGGACGCUUCGAGGCCCAGCAGCAGCGUCAGGGACAGCUUUAAUAGCCUUCGGCGGACGAGCGUGGCCACAUUCUUCACCAGCGCGAGCGAGCAGACGUCACAUCGGUCGUCGACGCUGUCCACGGUGGCAACAUCCAGCGACACGGAGCUGCCCCCGACCAACGGCACGAGCUCGUUGGUUGAGUCGGUUGACUUUUCCAAGUGGGCUUGAUGGAUUCGAGGCGUUGUCCUCGCAGAGGGAGGAGUGGUACAAAAGCAGGUGGGUAGUAGACGGUGUCGGGAGGAGGCGAGGCAGAGGACAUGUUACGAUCCGGACACACAAAAGUUUUGCGCAUUUACUGCCGAGUGCGAGUGCAUCGGUGUGGGCGUUGUAGAACGCCAGUCAUUGCAAUUGAGUUUGGAAAGGGCAUCCGCGCUGUGGCGGGUGAAGAUACCCAGGGAGUCGUCAAGAGGGCAGGCAUUCGGACGGCCUCUCUCAGACGAGGGCUGUAUGCUUCGGGAAAAACGGCGCAGAUUUUCAUGUGGUUGGGAACGGGCCGACAGACAGAUGUAGCGAAUACAUAGCAUCCUACCUACUCGCCUC